CUCUCUCUCUCUCUCUCUCUCUCUCUCUCUCUGUGUUCCGUGAUGGCAACUCAAGCCCAACGCCGCUGCAGAUUUCUGCUCCCGAGUAGAAGCCAGGGGAAAGGGAAAGAGAUGGACUUCCCCCAAGCUGCGGCUGGUGUCCUCGACUCGGCUCCCGCGUUGUUCGCCAAUGGAGCGGCGCCGUAUCCGAGGAAGAGAGGAAGAGAUGCCAUCGGCGUCCCGGUGGCACAGCAGCAGAGCCACCCUGCUAACCUCUUCUCACUGCAUGGCGCGCUUCCGCCUCCGACGCUCGUGAGCCUCGCCCAGCUCCAAAGCCGCCCGCCUCCCAUCGUCUCCACCGGCCUCCACCUCUCCUUCGAAGAACAACACCAACAGCAGAACCAGAAGCAGUCCGACCCCCUUACCUCUUCUUCUUCCUGCUCUAUCCUCCCUUCUUCCCUUCUCCCCGAAGAAAUCGCCCCCUAUAUCAACCAAGAGAAGGACGAAAUCGGAAAGGUCCUUUACGCGCAGGGAGAACAACUGCGGCAAGCCUUCGCGGAGAAGUGGCGGAGGCACUACCGUUCUUUAUUAGGAGUGGCAAAGGAGUGGGCGGCGGCGCGGCUACGGGAGAAGGAGGCGGACGUGGAGCUGGGGAUGCGGCGGAGCGCCGAGCUGGAGGACCGCCUCACCCGCCUGCGAACCGAGUCGAUGGCGUGGCAAGCCAAGGCCAUAGCGAACCAGGCGACGGCAGCUGCCCUCCACGCCCGGCUCCAACAGGCCGCCGCAGCACCGACUCCGGCGAAGGGAGGCGAGUCUGCCGAGGAUGCGGAGUCGGCCUUCGUCGACGCUGACCGAGUCGAGCCGGAGCGCGCGGCGUGCCGCGUGUGCCGGGGGCGGCCGGCCUCGGUGGUGCUCCUCCCCUGUCGCCACCUCUGCCUCUGCGACGCCUGCGACGACGAUGGCGGAGGCAGCGGAGGAGGAGGUGCGGCCGAGUCGUGCCCGGUUUGCCGCUGUGUCAUAACCGCAAGCGUCCGAGUCUUCCUCGCUUGAAACAUCCCCCGAUCUCAGCCGUCCAACAUUUCCGUCGGAGACGAACUUAAUGCAAAUAAAUAAGAGAACUCAAAAAUAACAAAGAAAAAAAAAAAAGCCGAUGCCAUCCAUCAUCGCCGUUCGUUUCGCUUCUUCCUCUUAUUGCGGGUGCCCCUCUGCCGUCUGAUUAUGAUCACAUGGCCACGGAGUCUUCUGAGAAAGCCCAAGCAUUCACCAUACGACCCGCCAUAUAAUUAUGUGCUUAGCCAUCUCUUCAUCAUGUGUUUCAUGAUCACAUAAAAUGUUCAUUUCA